CUAGGAAACGGCCGGUAACAGAAUUCGGCGAGUGUGGACUCUGCUUUCUAGGAGCCGGGGAACAGCUUCCAUUCGAGUAACUGCGUUUCUUGGUCAGGACAAUGUCUGACCAGGAGGAAGAAGCUGAUUCUCAGAAUGCUGUUGACUCAUCAAAAGAAAGAGAGGAUGCUUUGGUGUCUAUCAAUAUUCCAGUUCCCUCGGAAGAGGUUCCCGAGUCAGAUCAAACUGAAGACUAUGAAUCUGAACUAGAUCCAUCUAGUGGAGGCCGUGAAAAACGCACUGAGGAGCUGAGUGACCAGAGCGUUUCAAGCCUGGAACCGAACGAUGUCGAGCAACUCGUGGACGACGUUAUGAUGGCUGAACGAGCUGAAGAUGGUGGAGGCUCUCUAGCGAAAUCUGGGAGCGCAGUGCAGUCAGCCAGACCAUAUUCAAAAGUGUCUCUGACAUUUUUGGAAAAAGUUAAGGCUGUGAAGGAAUCUCUGAGAAUAACAACAAAAGAUUCUUUAGCAACAGUAAAAGUCAUACUUCUUCCUGUGGGCCAGGAAACUGUAAUUCCCUUUAAAGUUGACACUGUUCUAGGAUGCCUGAAGGAUCAUUUUUCAUCCCUGUUAGGUGUCCCAGCUUUUGUCCUGCAGAUAAGAUGUGCAGGAACAGUUCUCAAAAAUCAUGAGACGCUACUACAACAUGGAAUUAAGCCCCAGGAUGUUGUGCAAGUGGAAAUGUUUUCUUUACAGCAAGAUCUAUACCCAAUCAGAAGAAUAGCUAGAUCAGCUGCAGCCUCUCAGAUCAUAACUGUCAGAGUACAAACUGGCAUUGAUCAGUACCAGGAAGUAGCUGUUGAGAUGAUAAAAUCUGAUUUUCACAAACCAUUUCUUGGUGGAUUCAGACAUAAAAUAACAGGAUUAGAAUAUCACAAUGCUGGAACACAAACUAUACCUAAAAAGAUUCCUGAAAAACUGAAUGCAUUUUGUAGGGAUACGCAGACAGUUUUUCAGAAAGGAAAACUCCAGCAAACUACAAAUACAACGUCCACACAGAUGACUAAAAUUGGUGUGUAUGUAUCAAAUAUUACUGAUAAACUGGUAAAACCAGGAAAAUAUUUUUCAGCAGCAGAAUACCAUGCUAAGAGAUUACAGGCGAUAAUUGUAAUACAGACUUACUACAGACGAUGGCAUGCUAAAGUUGUGGUAGAGGAUUUAAGAAGACAGAAAAUGUUCAGGUUGCAAUGGGAAGCAGAGGAAGAACACAGGAAGAUAAGAGAAAAAGAAGAGUGGAUGAAACUGGAUUAUUACCGGAGGCAUAAUCCUCAAAUAAAAGAAGAUUUUGAACUUCUUUAUAAUGCACUAGAACUCUGGCGACAAGAAGAACUCACACGCAUUAACAGGUCUUUCACUGGAGCUGAAAGGAAAGCCGCUUUGUGUGAACUUCUGGAAAAAGAGACGCAGAUAAUUGCUUCCAUUGGGAGACAUAGAUGUAUCACUUACACAGAGAACCAGGAAGCAGAGAUACAAAGUUUUUUGGAUAAGUGUUCAGCUCCAAAGACGUGGAGAAGAUUUGAUGGCAAAAUAAUUGAGUUGGAUACACAAUUUACCAUCAGAGCCAGAGAGCUGCAGAACAUCUAUAACUGCAUCGUGCUGAAGAAUGUCGCUCAGGAUGAGAGGCUGGAUGUACUCUUAACGCUUAAACAUACAGUAAAGGAACAUGAAUGUAAGCUGACUCAGGAAAUCCUAGAAUUGAUUGACAGGGAGGUUGACCUUAUGAUGAGAGGAGUCAAACAUCAGAAUCUGGAAGGACUCAGAAAAAGGAUUGCAACACUCUUUUUUCAUUACAUAAAAACACCUCUGUUUAAUCCAGAAGUUGCAAGACACCUUAAGGUCCCUCAGGACCCAUUGAAGUUCUAUAAGAAAAUUUACUUUUGCCACAGUUGCCAGCUCUAUUUGCCUUCUGCAGAGUUUCCUAUAUCAUCCACCUCACACCGCAUUUACCAAUGCCGUCAGUGCAUUAACCUUGACAAUGAGAGUCGAAAACGAGAAUCAUAUUUAAAAUACAAAUGUUUACUUCAACGGCUCUACUGUUCAGAAGCUGAUUAUGAAGAUGAUUCUGAAAUUGCUUUCCUGAUACAGCUACAAGAUAUUCAGUACCUGACAGAGAAUAUCUGGGCAUCCCAGUCUGUGCUCAGUGCUUGGAAGGAUCUCAAUGAUCUGGUCAUGGUCAGAUGGGAUAAGUCUGUGGAAUGGUCUCCCUGGAACUGCAUUCUUCUUACCAAAGAUGAAGGCGCUAUUCAUCUCAAGCUAAAGAGUAUUGAAGAGGGAUAUGAACCCUUGUUUAUUCACAAGAUCAAACACAAACACUUCCUGGCUAAGAACUAUUUUUCUCAAAUUCCGCUACUGGCUUCAUUUUUAGUUGAUGAUGGUGAAGUAGAGGAAAUCAGAAAGAAGCAUCAGUCAGAACCAACAACUAAGAUUUUAGAAGUCCAGAGGCCUGGUCCUUAG